GUGCAUACAGAACGUAAUUUGGGUCCAUAUCACAACCUAUUCGUCGUAGUGGAAGAUUCUACGCUAGACAAAUUCGGUGGAGAAAUUGAGUUUCGAGCUAAUCUAGAAAAACGAAUUUUGUCCGAAAUGAUCCGAUCACGAGAGAAAGGGGAAAUCUACCAAGAUUGGUCAGUUGUGCGAGUUGGAAUGGUCAAUCUCGUUCUGAACAAUGACCCAAAAACGUUGGAAGCUGUAAACUCUGCUAUGGACAAAGGCAUACCUUCCGUGGUUGUAAUCACUACUGACUCGGAUACUCGCAAACGACAAGACAGUGCCACGUCGGACAGCAAUAAUGAAAUCAAAUCAAAAAUGCUUCGAAACAGUUCUAUUCCAAAUGACGCUAUCAAACAGUUUGAAGAAACUUACGAGGAGGAGCUACACCUUAUGGCGGUCAUAAAGCUUUGCGACAUGUCCGAAAUGCUUGCGGAGAUGAUAUUUGAUCUUUGCUGGGAAGAUAAUUCACUUGGGAUUUGUCUCUUGAACUGGGUUCUUUGCGAUCGUGACAGAGCUGGUGUUGUCAAGCGACUGGUGUGUACAGAUGACAUAAGAAAGAACAUAAUGAAUCAAAUUUAG